AGCGCGGACCGACACCGGUGGGUGGGGCGCGUGGUGGGAGCGAUUCAGAGGGCCCGUCGAGGGCAACGAGGGUUGGCGUCGGUAAGAACGCUGAGUGAUGGGAUGGCAGGCGGAGGAUGGCAAGUAUGCAGUACGUGUUCGCACGCGUCCACAUGUGGGUUAGAGCGAUUAUUCCCGCACGGCGGUGAGGCUCACUCGCGUGCCGGCGAAGCAUCGGCAGUGAGAGUGGCAGGAAGGCGCGUCACGUGCGUGGGCGUGGCGGCUGCCGUGUUGGGAAGGCCAUCCACGGUCUGGAAACCGGGGCAGAGUGGCAGGCUCCCCAGGCCCUCGCAGGCAUAUUGGCAUUGGCACGAUACAACGAUACAGCGAGAACGGCGGCCAGGCCAGCCUCUUUUUUUUUGCAGCCAAGGCCCUAUGCGACGGAACCGUGUUUCAAUUUCUCCACGGCACAGGCUGGGCGUGUAG